AUAGGAGUCGAGUGAAAAUGUCCUACAGAGCAAUUACUAUUCUACCGCCGACAUGAAUCGUGUCGUUCAACAAUGUCUUGACGCUCAUAACGAGUAUCGACGGAAACACGGCGCACCUCCGAUGGUAAUCAGCGAUUCGCUGAUGAGAAUGGCACAAAACUGGGCCCAAAAUAAUGCCAACCGACAAGACAUGGUACAUAGCACUGGCCGUGGCAAUAUCGGCGAAAACCUCUACUGUGCAUACCCAAGUUUUGAAGACGGCCGGACCCCUGUUGAAAAUUGGUACAACGAAAUUAAAGAUUACAGUUUUAACAGACCAGGAUUUAGUUCUGGAACUGGACAUUUUACCCAAGUGGUGUGGAAAGCGAGCCGAGAGCUGGGCGUCGGAUGGGCAACUGGAGGGGACGGCUGGACUUAUUUUUGUUGCAAUUAUUCGCCUUCCGGUAACUUUAAUAACGAUUACGCAGGAAAUGUUCUUCCGCCUGGUACUGUAAGUGACGAGCCGGAAGAAUCCAACGAAGCUGAAGAAGAAGAAGAAGCGGAAGAAGCAGGUUGUAAAUAUUUCACAACACAAUUGGUGGCAAUGCCGCAAAAUCUGUUUGGAAUAUUCAACUGA